AUGUGUACUGAGCUCUCUCCCUCGCGUACCCUGCUGAUUGAUUGCUCUCCUGGGGUUCCUUUCCUUCAUUUUCCCCCCCGUUCCCCCUUCCCCCCAUUCCCUCCCCCCACAAGUUCUCAUACCCCCAGCCCAGGCCACCCCAGUGCACUGAUGGGGAGCUCUCCUGGGUUCCCUUCCCUUCGUCACGUCCUCCCUCCUUCUGCCCUCCACUCCCUCUACCUCUCCCCCCUGCUCUUCCCCCACCAGUUCUCAUACCCCCAGGCCACACCAGUGCGCCACAUGCACCGAGCGCUCUCCCUCGUCUAUCCCCAAGCCACGGGGUUCUAUUACGGGCUGAUAGAGUGGCUGCCUCAGUUCCUGCUGCUCGCCCCCUUGCUGCAGAAGCUUCCCAACAUAGCAGUCCUUGGCACGCCCGAACAGUGGGCGUUCUAUGACCGGGUGCUCAAGCCACUGGUGGGGGUGGAGCUAGCGCAGAUCAACCGAGUGGACAUCCAACCCAACGAGCUCAUAUUAGUCGAUCAACUGUUCAUGCCUCUUUACCAGUGCUGCGGCAAGCCUUCCCCAGCCAUCUGGCGGGACAUGAGGCUGCGGGCGCUGCUCCCUCCACACGGCCUCCCUUUCUUCCACAAGCAUGGCUGGCAACCCCGAGGGAUCCAGCCAAUCACGGAGAGCCAAGCAGCAGCUGUGCUGCGCUCUGAUUGGCUGGUCGUUGUCGCUCGCCGCCCGGGCAGCCGAAGAGUUUUGGACAAGUUUGAGGAGCUGUUGGAGGAGGUGAAGAAAGUUUUCGGGCAGGAGAAGGUUCGGACCUUUGAUGGUUCCCUUCCGAUACUUGAAGCCCGGUCUCUCUUCCUGCAAGCGCGUCUCUUCAUAGCAGGGCAUGGGGCAGCGCUAGCAAACAUGGUCUUCAUGCCGAUCGGUGCUACUGUGCUUGAGAUUCGGCCAGAUCGUUACGACAACGCGUGUUACCACUUCCUUGCAAGCGCCUGUGGGUUACGGUACAAUCUAGUGUUGGGUCAAGGGGAUCAAGACAGCGAAAACAAGGUUGAUUUGGGCCAAGUUACGAAUGCUUUAGUGAGCAUACGCAGCGGGCUAGGUAGCUCUCUUAUGGGUUCUGCCGGCUCGCGUUCGGCUGACAAAUCGUGGAAUAUAUUGAGACCAAAGGUCCCCUCCAGGCAUUCCGAUACCAAACCUUGCGGCAAAGAUUCCAAGCUUCGUCCUCGUCGACCGUCUCUCACGAUCCCCUCUUCGGACGACUCAUUUCCGCCAAGGCUAGCACCAGGAGGAGGCUCAGGAGGAGGUUGCGCCGCGGGAUACGGCGCAGGGUACGGCGGAAAACACGGAGGAACAUCCGGCGGCGCAUAUGGCGGCUCCACUCUCGGCGCAAAUGGUUACCCUGGCGAAAACGACGACAAUGUUCGCAGCAGCGACACGAAUCUGCCCAACCCCGUGGAGUUUUCGUACGAGGAGCUCGUAGCGGCUACAGAUGGGUUCAGUGCGGUGAACGUGCUGGGCGAGGGCGGGUACGGGAAGGUGUACCGUGGGGUGGUUCGCGAGGAUGCGCCAGAUGGCAGCACGGUGGAGCGCCACGUGGCAGUGAAGCAGCUGAAUGACGAGGGGCGGCAGGGAUUCAACGAAUGGCUGACGGAGGUGGUGUUUCUGCGUCGCCUGCGCCACCCCCAUCUGGUUCAGUUCGUGGGGUACUGUGUGGACCAGCAGCAAGCCCUGCUGGUGUACGAGCUCAUGGCCAAUGCAUCGCUGGAUUACCACCUGUUUGACGGCACCCGCCCCCCUCUCACGUGGCAGCAGCGCGUCAACGUGGCUCUGGGUGCGGCUAAGGGGCUAGCAUACCUGCAUGAGGGCACGGAGAGGCAGGUGAUCUUCAGAGAUCUAAAAGCGGCGAAUAUACUGCUGGAUGAGAACUUCAAUGCGAAGCUCUCAGACUUUGGAUUGGCCAAGGACGGACCAGCAGGGGAGAACACGCAUGUUUCCACCAUGGUGGUCGGUACCUAUGGCUACACCGCCCCUGAAUACCUGCAGACUGGCCACCUGACAGCAAAGAGCGACGUAUACGCCUUUGGAGUGGUGCUGCUAGAACUCCUCUGCGGCCGAAGAGCCGUGGACAUAGACCGACCAGGUGACGAGAAGAACCUCGUCUUUUGGGCCAAGCCGUUCCUGGCAGACAGGAGGAGGGUCGGUGAGAUCGUGGAUCCGAGGCUGGAAGGGAGGUUCUCGCACAAGGGAGCUCUCAAGCUCGCUGUUGCUGCGCACUGCUGCCUGCAGGACGCGAAAUCUCGGCCGUCAAUGGCCGACAUGGUGCAGACUUUGACGGCUCUGAUGGAGAUGGGCGAGGUUGCAGGUGGUGGUGGCAGUGGUCGUGGCGUGGAAGCAGUGGGUAGGGGAGGUGGUCUCGCGGACACACCUGCUGCCUCUCGAACACUGUCUGGUGUCAGUGGUGGUGGAGCCAAUAGUGCAAGAGCUCAUACAGGUGUGGGUGUGAAUUCUGCUGGUGUGGGUGGUGGUGAUGCUGGUACUACUGGUAAUGCAGUUGGUGGGGGUGAUGGGCCUUCUGGUGGUGCUGCAGCUGCUGCUGAUGGCGGCCCUACUGCUGCUUCCUAUGAUGCGCAAUCGUUGCAUUGUGUACAGGUGGUUGCUGUUGGAAACAAGUAA